UGGAUGCGGCGGAUGUACUCCAAUGAGCCAGCGGGUGUCGCUGUGGUCGACAGAGCAGCAGAUGGAGACGAGACGGGGCCUGGCUUGGGGGAACGCCGAUCGCUUCCCAUUCUUCCUCAUACAGACACACAACAUGGCGGUCUAGAAUGGUCGGCCGACGCGCCCGUAUUGAGCGGACUACCCGUGGAAAUUAGGCCCCCAGAUAUGCCCGGAAGAUACAUUUUGAAGCGACGAUAAGUGAGGGCGGAUUGAGGAUUUUUAUGUGGCGUGCGACCUGUUUUCUUGGAUUUACCACGUAAAGUGACAGCGAAGUGUUGGCGGCGUGUCCCAAAUCGAGCCUCCCUCCUCUGAUAUCACCAGGUCCCCCACCCCGCUCUCAGUCUCGACUCCAGAGGAGUGGAGACAGGGGCCGGGGCCGACAGCGUGGACAAGAAAGCGAGCCUACAUUUCUACUUUCCUUGGCCUUUCCCCCCACCCCCCUUCCGAGCUUCCUCUGGGCGUUACUGGAGUCUUGAAAACUACUGUGCGAAUGAGUGACUGAUCUCAAAUUUGCUUUUUCAGGGCAGAAUGGGUGUGUGUCCCUUGCUCCUGCUGCUAGGUCUAGCCCUCAGGGUCUCAACCCAGGAUCAUGUCCCGGUCACAAGUGCUCCAAAUAUUUCUGCAAAAUCGACACAACCCCCCACCGUACAUGUCAUCAACAUCACAGUUGCACCCACACUAUCCCCCACAGUCCCAUCUGCAACACUGCCCCUUGGAGUCACACCGACGACAGCAAUAUCAAGUCCAGCUCCGACUGUUGGUCCUCUGCCAACACACAGCCCAGAGACUUCCUCUCCUACCACCUCAGUCGGCAGUGAGAAUGGGACGACCGCAUCCGUUUCAGACACUCCUACUACUGAAACAUAUUUUCAAGACGAUGAUUACUCUACAAUGGAGACAGAGACCACUCCACCUGAGAUGGAUUUCACCUCAGCUGCUAGCCCACAUGAUAAGAAUCAUCCUGAUGACAUGCCAAUCAUAGCGGUGAUGGUGGCCCUGUCUUCCUUAUUGGUCAUUAUCUUUAUCAUCAUCAUCCUCUACAUGCUCAGGUUUAAAAAAUACAAGCAGGCAGGAAGCCACUCCAAUUCCUUUAGAUUGACCAAUGGAAGAUCAGAAGAUACAGAACUCCAGAGUGUGCCACUAUUGGCCCGUUCACCCAGCACAAACAGGAAGUACCCACCCCUUCCUGUCGACAAGCUUGAGGAAGAAAUGAACCGUCGUAUGGCUGAUGACAACAAGUUGUUCAGGGAGGAGUUUAAUGCUCUACCAGUCUGCCCCAUUCAGGCAACGUGUGACGCAGCAUCCAAGGAAGAGAAUAAAGAAAAAAACAGAUAUGUCAACAUCCUUCCGUAUGAUCACUCCCGGGUGCAUCUCUCAUCUCUCGAAGGAGUACCAGACUCUGACUUCAUCAAUGCCUCCUUUAUAAAUGGUUACCAGGAGAAGAAUAAGUUUAUUGCAGCUCAAGGACCGAAGGAGGAAACAGUAAAUGACUAUUGGCGGAUGAUCUGGGAGCAGAACACAGCCACCAUUGUCAUGGUGACCAAUCUGAAGGAGAGGAAAGAGUGUAAGUGUGCCCAGUACUGGCCGGACCAGGGCUGUUGGACAUACGGGAACAUCCGUGUUUCUGUGGAAGACACAAUGGUUCUCGUAGAUUACACCAUCCGCAAGUUUUGCAUCCAGCAGGUUGGGGAUAUAUCUGGAAAAAAGCCACAAAGGCUAGUCACUCAGUUCCACUUCACCAGCUGGCCAGAUUUCGGUGUUCCUUUCACCCCCAUUGGUAUGCUGAAGUUUCUCAAGAAAGUCAAAACCUACAACCCUCAAUAUGCUGGGCCCAUUGUGGUCCACUGCAGCGCGGGAGUAGGAAGAACAGGUACAUUCAUUGUGAUAGAUGCCAUGUUGGACAUGAUGAACACCGAGAGAAAGGUGGAUGUGUUCGGCUUUGUCACCAGGAUUAGAGCCCAGAGAUGUCAGAUGGUCCAGACUGAUAUGCAGUACGUUUUCAUCUUCCAAGCGUUGUUAGAGCACUAUUUGUACGGAGACACUGAGCUGGAGGUGACCUCUCUGGAGUCCCACCUGGCUAAAUUGUACACCACUUCACCAGGAGCUGGCUGCAGUGGUUUGGAAGCUGAAUUCAAGAAACUGACAUCCAUCAAGAUCCAGAAUGACAAGAUGAGAACGGGCAAUCUCCCUGCCAACAUGAAGAAGAACAGAGUACUACAGAUCAUUCCAUACGAGUUCAACAGAGUGAUCAUUCCAGUGAAACGAGGAGAAGAGAACACUGACUAUGUCAAUGCAUCUUUUAUUGACGGCUAUCGCCAGAAAGAUUCAUACAUGGCAAGCCAAGGCCCCUUGCAGCACACCAUUGAGGACUUCUGGAGGAUGAUCUGGGAAUGGAGAAGCUGCUCAAUAGUCAUGCUCACUGAGCUGGAGGAGAGAGGGCAGGAAAAGUGUGCUCAGUAUUGGCCCAGUGAUGGAGUGGUGGCCUAUGGGGACAUCUCUAUUGAACUUAAAAGGGAGGAAGAGAGUGAGAGCUAUACAGUGCGUGACCUCAUGGUUACCAACAACAGGGAGAACAAGGCUCGAGCAGUGCGUCAGUUUCAUUUCCAUGGAUGGCCAGAAGUGGGCAUCCCCACUGAUGGUAAAGGCAUGAUCAAUAUAAUAGCAGCAGUGCAGAAACAGCAACAGCAGUCUGGCAACCAUCCUAUCACAGUGCACUGCAGUGCUGGUGCAGGCCGGACAGGGACAUUCUGUGCAUUGAGUACAGUCCUGGAGAGGGUGAAGGCAGAAGGCAUUCUGGAUGUUUUCCAAACGGUCAAGAGCCUCAGAUUGCAGAGACCCCACAUGGUGCAGACAAUGGAGCAGUACGAGUUCUGCUACAAAGUGGUCCAGGAGUAUAUCGAUGCCUUUUCUGACUACGCCAAUUUCAAAUAGAGACCCAGAAUGGAUGGCAACACAUCAUACUAACACCACAUGCAUGCACCAGAACACACACAAACAUGACCAUGCAGAAAGCUGCAUUCUUCCCUCUGGAGGAUUGUUUUCCUUUUUUAAGUGACACAUCACAAUGUUGUUCUGUGGAUGGGACAGACUGCCUGCAGAAAAAGGGAACCAAGAUUUCAGUCGGGUCACAGGGCAGUGCAUUUUGGACAGAGAGAAAAGAGAUGCCUUCUUGAGUAUUUUGUAACAUUGUUUUUGUUGUUUAUACAGCCCCCGAUGUGCUUACAUCCACAUACUGCAUUGUUUAACUUUUAGUUCUGGACACAGUUUUGAGUUCGGCUGCAUUUUUGGGUGGCACCUGUAAAGUAUUUUAUUACUCUCUCUCUCUCUCUCUCUCUCUCUCUCUCUCUCUCUCUCUCUCUCUCUCUCCCUCUCUCUCUCUCUCUCUCUCUCUCUAUAUAUAUAUAUAUUAUGAAAAAUCUAUAUGAAUAUAAAACUAAUGGUUUGGAGGUUUAUGUAAAAUAUUGCUUUUUUUUACUCAUUAAGGACUGAAAAAUGUAAAAGCUUUUGGCUUUGCCAGAGCCACACUGUAGUUGUGCGGCGGCAAAGGUUUAAGCUGAACUUCAAACUUUGAUAAACGGCACAAGCAGAUCAUUUUGUCGUCACAGAAUUAAUUGUUAAUAUAAAUGAAAUGUAAAAUAUUUCACACCGCGUUGCUAUUCGAAUCUACCGAUCCCUAAAUACACAAAGGCAGCAGUCUGCAGUUGUUGUUUUUUUUUUGUAAUUUUUGUAUUUUGUUUUUUGUAUUUGUUUGCAUUUAAAAUGCAUGCUGUUGGAAAGGUCAUUCGUGCAGACAGCCAAAGGUUAUGUCACUUGGUUCUGCAGCUAGGGGUCCAAUCAUAUUAAGGCACUUGGAAAAAUAAUUCUUAAGGGUCCGGGCUAAACUGGACUAUAGCAAUUUAAAUACAUGAGUAUAAUAUUUUUAUUUCACCCACUGCACAUACACUAUAUUGGCGAACGUAUUCAGACACCUUUAUUAAUUACACAGUCUGGCUUUGGCAUACCCUUAGCUCCCACUGAAUAGUAAUUAUUUAUUCUACAACUCCAUAAUUUGUAUGCUUCCAUCUUUUGUGGGAACAUGUUUGGAAGAAGUCUCUAACCUGGAAGAACUUCUAUACAGUAUGUUCUUCCAAUUUUCAGCUGUCCCAAUACUUUUGUCUAUAUUAGUAGUGUCAGGUAAAAAGAGAAAACUUACACACACACACAGCAGUAUUUCCUCAAAUAUUUUGUUGAGCCUUUCUGGCCUUUUCUUUGAGCCUUUUUUUUACAGUGCAAUCAGAAAGCAUUCACACCCCUUCACGUUUUCCACAUUUUGCUGUUACAGACUUAUUCUAAAGCUGAUUUGAGUAUUUUUUUCUAGAAAUCAACAAAAUAUCCCAUAAUGACAAAGUAAAAACAUAUUUUCAGACAUUUGUGUAAAUUUAUAAAAAAAUAUAUAUAAACAUUCAAACAUAUUAGGUAAAUAAGUAUUCACACCCUUUGCUAUGACAUUGGAGAAGAAGAGGCACUGCUCAUCACCUGGCUAACACCAACCCUACUGUGAAGUAUGGUGGUGGCAGCAUCAUGCUGUUGGGCUGUUUUUCUGCUGCAGGAACUGGGCAACUAGUCUGCAUAGAGGGUAAGAUGACAGUUCCCAAAUAUAGAGAAAUUAUUCAAGAGAACUUGCUCCAGAGUGGUCUGGAACUCAGACUAGGGCGUCAAUUCACCUUCCAACACGACAAUGACCCAAAGCUGGCUUCAGGAGCAGCCUGUGAAUGUCCUGGAGUGACUCAGCCAGAGCCUGGACUUGAAUCCAAUCGAACAUCUCUGGAAAACCUAAAAAUGGCUGUCCACCGACGCUGCCCAUCCAACCUGACUGACCUUGAGAGGAUCUGCAGGGAAGAAUAGGAGGAACUGCCACAAAACAGGUGUGCCAAGCUCACAGAGACAUACCCAAGAAGAUUUGAGGCUGCGAUUGGUGCCAAAGGUGCAUCAACAAAAUAUUAAGCCAAGGGUGGCAAUACUUAAGUAUGUACCUAUUAUGUUUAAAUGGUUAGAUUUUCAAUAAAUUUGUCUGAAAAUAUAUUUUGACUUUGUCAUUAUGGGAUAUUAUAUGUAUAUUUCUUUUAAAGAAAACUGUACUCAAAUCAGCUUUAGAAUGAGUCUGUAACAAUGCAUAAUGUGGAAAAAGUGAAGGGGUGUGAAUCCUUUCUGGUGGCACAGUAUAUCAGCCAGACAUCACAACGCUGUAUUGUCGCUAUUUAAAAGAAUGUGUGUUCAUUCCCACCAUGAACACUGAUAUCACUGGGGAACACGAUCUUUGUUGAGUUAGGUCUGACAGCUGUUUUAAACUCAUAUUUGAAUGCGGAAUCAAAAACUGAUAUCAGUUUUCACGUCAUGUUUUUUAACUAUAGAUCCCCGCUUUCUUGAAAAAAAAUUAGAAAAAUAUUGUACUUAACAGAUAUGUGCUUGUUUUAUAAAACUUUUCAAAUAUUGACAUACAAUGAAAUAUGAAAGAAACAAGCAUGGCUGCAAUAUUUAUUUAACACUAUUAUGUUUUACAAAGGGCGGCACGUUGGCCGACUGGUUAGAGCGUCAGCCUCACAGUUCUGAGGUGCGGGGUUCAAUCCCCGUCCCCGCCUGUGUGGAGUUUGCAUGUUCUCCCCGUGCCUGCGUGGGUUUUCUCCGGGCACUCCGGUUUCCUCCCACAUCCCAAAAACAUGCAUUAAUUGGAGACUCUAAAUUGCCCGUAGGCAUGACUGUGAGUGCGAAUGGUUGUUUGUUUGUAUGUGCCCUGCGAUUGGCUGGCAACCAGUUCAGGGUGUACCCCGCCUCCUGCCCGAUGACAGCUGGGAUAGGCUCCAGCACGCCCGCGACCCUAGUGAGGAGAAGCGGCUCAGAAAAUGGAUGGAUGGAUGUUUUACAAAGGAUAUGGCACAAAUCCUCUUAAUUCCUACUAUCCUAGCAUUCUGUUUGCAGAUAUUGAUAGUACUGACCUAUUGAAAACUACACACACCUCAUCGCACUGUCUCAAUUGUGACAAGUUGCCACGCGGCUGGCAAGUCUUACUAUAGCUAAUCAGUGGAAUUUUGCUUAUCUGGAGGGUAAGCUGUGGAGAAAAAAACUGACUGCAAUUUUGGAAUCAGCAUGCUAAUUUUAGUUUUAAUCAGCAUAAAAAUCUAACUCAACAGAAUAAAUUUUUCUAAUUGUUCCCCAGUGUAGUGAAGAAUGUCGAUUUUUAUUCAAAUGCUCAUUUUAACAAAAAAAAAAUUUUUUUAAACUUCAUGUGCCAUGCUGUGUUUACUCAUUUCUUUUUUUAAAUUUGUGUUCUCUGAAAAACACACUCACUUGAACUACCACUAACAUCACAGUGGAGGCCAUCCCCUCUUGAUGAUUGUAAAAAUAAAUGAAUGGUGUCAGUUAA